AUGUCAGACAAGUUGGACAGCAAAGUCACUACAACCCAAACAGACACGGAUCGACCAGCACUCGCUGGUUUGUUCACCAGCCGCAGAAGAAGAGAUCCGACUGAGAUAGCAACACAAAUCUCUGUAUUCGAUGACCCUGACAAGGCUGCAUUUUUCCAACCUCAUCCUCAGUAUGAGAACCUGCACCGCUUCGAUCCCAGUGAGCGAUGGACGUGGGGUGAAGAGCUGCCAUUGAUCCGCAAGAUUGACUGGAAAGUCACUUGUUGGGCCGCAUUGGCCUUCUUUGCCCUCGACCUGGAUAGAAGCAAUAUCAGCCAGGCCAACACGGACAAUUUCCUGGAGGAUAUGGGGAUGAACACGAAUGACUUCAAUCUCGGACAGACGCUAUUCAAGGUCGCCUUUCUGGUUGCAGAACUGCCGUCGCAGCUUGUUAGUAAAAAGAUUGGACCGGAUCGUUGGAUUCCCAUCCAGAUGAUUCUCUGGAGUAUUGUGUCUGCCGCGCAGCUCGCACUGAAUGGACGAGCAUCGUUUCUUUGCAUCCGAGUGCUUCUUGGAUUCUUGCAGGGGGGAUUUAUCCCAGACAUCAUCUUGUACUUGUCUUAUUGGUACAAGAAUAACGAGCUUCCUUUCCGCCUGGCAAUCUUCUGGAUGGCUAAUCGUCUCACCGACGUGGUAUCCCCGUUGAUUGCAUAUGGCGUCUUACAUCUCCGUGGCCAUCAAGGCAGAGAGGGAUGGAGAUGGCUAUUCCUCAUCGAAGGCCUCAUCACCCUCGCAAUCGGACUUUGGUCCGUCUUCCAAAUGGCCCCAUCACCCACGCAAACAAAAGCACCAUGGCGCCCAAAAGGCUGGUUCUCCGAACGAGAAGAAAAGAUCAUGGUGAACCGCAUCCUGCGCGAUGACCCGUCGAAAGGCGACAUGCAUAACCGGCAAGCCAUCACGCCGCGGCUGUUGUGGAAGUCGCUGUGCGAUUUCGACCUCUGGCCUGUCUACGCUAUCGGCUUGACGUUUGGCAUUCCUGCCGGUCCUCCGGAUCAGUAUCUUACGCUGAUUCUGCGGAAUCUGGGGUUUGAUACGUUUAAUUCGAAUUUGUUGAGUAUUCCGGCGCAGAUUGGGACGACUGUUAAUAUGCUCAUUCUGACAUAUAUAUCAGUGAGAAUCAACCAGCGUGCUCUGAUCGGCCUUUUUGUGCAGUUUUGGUUUCUGCCUUGUCUCGUUGCUCUGGCGGUUCUUCCCUCUACCACGUCACGCUGGGGCUCUUAUGCUCUGGUGACGGUUCUGCUUGCCUAUCCAACCCCCCAUCCCAUGCAGGUUGGAUGGUGCAAUUCCAACUCGAAUACCGUCAGAACGAGGACGGUUUCUGCAGCAGUGUACAACAUGAUGGUCCAAGUCCAAUCGAUCAUCUCAUCCAACAUUUACCGCGCGGACGAUAAACCGCUUUAUCGGCGGGGAAAUCGAGUUCUUGUGGCCAUUACCUGCUGGAAUAUUCUGCUCUACGUACUGGCCAAGGUGUACUAUACCUGGCGGAACAAGCGGCGGGAUCGGAUCUGGGACGGCAUGACAGCAGAGGAGAAACAUGAGUAUCUGAAUACGACUACUGAUGAGGGGAGUAAGAGGUUGGAUUUCAGAUUUGCCAGUUAG